CGCGGCGACGGUGGCGGCGGCUCCUUGUCGCCCGAACCGGAGCGCGCAGGCCCGUCCCGGUGGUCGGGGGCGGGCGGGGCGGGGGCGCCAUGUGGUUCAUGUACGUGCUGAGCUGGCUGUCGCUCUUCAUCCAGGUGGCCUUCAUCACGCUGGCCGUCGCCGCCGGACUUUAUUACCUGGCCGAAUUGAUAGAAGAAUACACAGUUGCAACCAGCAGGAUCAUAAAAUACAUGAUCUGGUUCUCCACGGCUGUGCUGGUUGGCCUCUACGUUUUUGAGCGCUUCCCCACCUACAUGAUUGGCGUGGGCCUCUUCACCAACCUGGUCUACUUUGGCCUCCUCCAGACCUUCCCCUUCAUCAUGCUGACCUCACCUAACUUCAUCCUGUCGUGCGGGCUAGUGGUGGUGAAUCAUUACCUAGCGUUUCAGUUUUUUGCAGAGGAAUAUUAUCCUUUCUCAGAGGUCCUGGCCUAUUUCACCUUCUGUCUGUGGAUAAUCCCGUUCGCGUUCUUCGUGUCGCUCUCAGCUGGGGAGAACGUCCUGCCCUCCACCAUGCAGCCAGGAGAUGACGUGGUCUCCAAUUACUUCACCAAAGGCAAGCGGGGCAAACGCUUAGGGAUCCUGGUUGUCUUCUCAUUCAUCAAAGAGGCCAUUCUACCCAGUCGGCAGAAGAUAUACUGACCCCCUGGGGAGGGGAUGCUGGCGCAGGAGCCGGAGACUCAGGCCCCUUGGCCUCUGCACUGGGUGGGGGCCGAGAGUUGGAAGGCACCUUCCCCCAGCCCCAGCCCUCCUUCCCUCCACUCCCCUGGAAGCCCUCAUCCCCACCCUCCUCAGGAGGCUCAGCUCAGGUCAGAUCUGAUACUGCUGGAGGCUGAGACCUCAGAGGCUGCCAGGGAGGAGUCGGGGCCUGCUUAGCCAGGAGGCCACCACCCACCUGGGUGCACAGAAGCUGAGCCCGUGGCCCUCCUGCUCCCUCCUGUGGUCGGUCAGGAGUUCUGGCUCAGCCUGGGACGGUAGGGCCAGGGCCAUGAAGCUGAAGAGCAGACAGUGAUAACUGCCAGUGGGCAGAUGGCCACGGGAGGGGCUGUGACUUGGCACUUGCAAGAGAAAGCUUUUGCUGUUGAACUGUGAUUUCUGUCCAAGUGCUGAUUCCCAUUUGAAUAAAGAUUCUAGGUGGCACUGUUUGCCUUAAUACCCUGAAAGUUCAUCUUUCUUCCUGCAGACUUUCGCCUGGACUGGCUUUGCUGCACCAGGGCUCUUUCUCCACGUUUGGGUCUUGCCCUUCCGAAGGGACCAUUCUUGUGGCCCAUAGUGGGAAGGGGACAGAGAUGAGCCGAACCUGCCGGGGGGAUGGGGAGUGGAAAUGGAGGCAACCUUUCUUAGUCCCUGUCUCUCUUCUUCCGUCUCUUCUUCCCCUGGGGCUCUGUGACUGCCAGGCUGAGGGCAGAGAGGGGAUAGUGUGGGACUGGGUUAGAGUUUUCAGGAGAACAUGUAUGAUAUCCUAUUUGUAAGUUUUGUCCUAGGGAAGAGGAGUGGUUUCUGGCGAUUUCUAUCUCGGGCUUGAGGAGAAACAAUAAAAAUUGGCUUCCAGGCAGCCUGGACUACAGCCUGCUUUGUAAGAAACGGGUGGUGGGAGAAGCUGUGUGUUACUCCAAGCACACAGGGCUGGCCCUCUCUUCUGAGUGGUCACGGCUCCUGGGAGGUGGUUGUCUUCUAAGAAGACAGUCCAGGUCCUGGGCAUAGGGCAGCAUUUGUCGACCUUGCACUCCAACUAUAGUGCCUUCCAAGUACUCAGCAGUAUGUAUGGGAAUGAAGUCCCCAUGGGAGCCAUUACCGGCAUGUCCGAUACCUCAGAGCAAAGCAGGCGGGUGCAGAGAUGGACAGCACACAUAUGGUACCUUUCAGCCACGGGGAAGACCUCUGUGCUUGCAAACCUUAUUUCUACCUCCUGCCUCCAGUCCCACCGUAGCCCUUCAUUUCCUUGGCUUUAGUAUUCCCUUUCUCCUAAAAAUAACCAUCCCUCCCCUUUGCUGGGGAGGAGCAGACAUUUUGGCCUCCUCUCAGUGACAGGCCCUUCUGUCCUAUGCAGACAAGGCAGGACAAGGUCCAGGACGCUGGAGGCCAGUGUCCUCCUGACUGCUGGCCGGCAGCUGGCCUUGCUGUCUCUUGCUGUCUCUCUCUUUCUCACCCCAGUGGCAGCUUUGCCCCUCCAUUCACUCCACUGCUCGUGACAGGAGCUGCCAGUGGCCUUGUGCUAAGUCCAGCGGACCCUUUUCACAUCUCUUUCUACGUCUCUGCAGCGUUGGGCAGGUUUCAUCACUGCUGGCUUCCCAAGCCCUUUUGUGGCUGCUUCUCCCUCUCUGCUCCUUCUAGGCCAGCGCACGCUCCUCCCCUCACCCCAUGCACAGGGUUCUGUCGUGGGUUCCUUGGAGGAGCCUGUCCCUUGCUGAUGGCUUCAAGGAAUUGAGAGCUGACCUCCAACCCCAGCAUCCCUUUUGGUCCUCUGAACCACCGUUCUGCUGCCUUUGGGCACGCAGACAAACCUUGUGACCCAGAUAGCACUUGCUGCUGUCCUCUGCAAACCUGCCUUUUUUGGGUACCUGCUUUGGCCCGAAGAUCACUCAGGAGCCCAACCAGGCACCUGGUUUCUCUUUCUGCCUGGACAUCCAAUCUCUAACAACUGUCAAGUUUACCUUCUUAACAUCUCUUUAUUUGAGCCACUCCCACUGUCAUCAACUUUCACCUGGAUUAUUGUGGCAGCCUCUGGCUUCUCUAUCUCACAGCUGGAGUUGUCUUUCUAAUGCAUAGUUGAUCCAGUCUCUCUCUGGCUUGCAACCUUCCCUGGCUCUCCACUGCCCUCAGGAUAAAGUCCAGACCCCUAAGCAUGGCUCGUGAGACUCGUGGUGGCUUGGUUCCUGCUUGCCUAUCUGGCCUCAUCACUGGCCACUUUGCACUCUGAAUUUCAGCCUCCUGUAUCUAGAAAUGCCCUGUUGCUUCUCCUUCAUUCUACUCACCUGGUUACCUUCUCUUGUCAGUUCUCAACUUGGACUUCACUUCCUCCAAGGAACUCGAUGUCCCGUCUCCCUCCAGCACACCACAACAGGUCACUCUGGUCUUACCUGCCUGCUGACUGGUCUAUCUCCCCACUAGACUGUAAGCUCCUUGAGGGCAGGGAGUGUCCAGUUUUUGUAUCAACAGCGCCUAGCUUGGCACCUGGCACAUAGAAAGUACUCAAUAAACGUUUGUUUAAUGAA